GAUAAUGAAGACAAAGUUGAUAAUAACAGACGAAAAAAAAGCAGUUUAAUUUUAGAUUAAGAAUCGGUAGGAGCAUUUUUAAGACAAAUUCUUAAAAAAAAAAUUUACAAAAUGCGAAGUGAACUUAUAUUUUCGUUAUUUGCCAUAAUAAUAAUCGAAGCAAAAAUAACUAUAAACGUAACGGCGGGAAAAAAUGCAUCAGACGUUGAAAUAAAUUAUUCUGGCUAUGAUUUAGAUAUUAUCGGCGAUAAAGAAAUUGAACUCUUCAAUAUCAACAAGAUCAAUUUAAAAAAAGCCGUAAAGAACAAAUACAACAUGCUGCCACGUGAUGUCUUCUUAAAAAGUCCAACCCCAUGGGGUGAUUUAUACAAAACGUAUAAUUGGGAACAAGUAUCGAGAUUAUUAAAAGUAAAAUCUGCAAGAUUAAAAGAAAGCACCGUAAAAUCAAUGGUGGUUCUAUCUCAAGACUUCGAAAACAAAUCGAAUGUCACGAUAAAAGCAAACGCGGGGAUAAGUCAAACUGUUGAAAAUACAAUUUCAACGACUUGGUCCAGAAAUAAGGAGACAACAGUCUCCCAAGACAUAGAAUAUGAUCUGAAUGUAAUCUUAGCUAAAAUAUCCGGAACUACGAGUUUCUCGUACAGUUCCAGCGUCGGUAAGAGCGAAGAAAAGUCAGAAACGGUGACAAUUGGUACAACGACAAAUGUAGAAACAGAAUUACAACCAGGACAAGCAGUAACAGCAGUUCUGUCAGCGAAUCGAUAUAAUUUGGAAAUUGAAGUUUUAUAUGAGGUAACACUUAGGGGUAAUGUUGCGGUGAAUUUUAGAAAGGCGUACAACGGUCACCACUUUUAUGGGCCGUCAAUUAAAAGUAUCUUAAUGAGCGGUGGAUUAAACACUGAAGUAACAGUUACGGAAAUUAUUAAAUUGGGCCUUUACACUGAUGGUUCGCUGAAAGUGUACGAUAAAGUUACAGGGUUGCCAGUAUAA